AGCUACCUCGCGGUAGGAUGGCAGGACAUGUAGCUGUUAGCGGAAAUCCUUGGGGUACAAUGGACGAAGGAGGAUCGCCAUGGGACGACGUGCCAUCAGCGUCCACGCCCGUCAAGGCAGCAGAGGAUGAGGCGCCAAAUGAAGAGAAUUCACCAAUAAAGCCAUCCCAAGAACAAUCAACACCCGCCGGUGUCAAGCCAGCGCCCUCAAAGUCACGGACACCGCGGCGAUAUGGCAACCUCACGCAAUCUACCACCCUUGAGUCGCUGGACGACUCGAUGGGCCCGCUCGGACCCUUAGGUGUCGAGUCAUCAGACGAGCCACCUGCACCAACACCACCGGUAAAAGAAAUAGCAUCUAGAACUCGCGCCUCAUCCCGACCUACUCCGGGAGCAGCAUCUUUACACCUGCCAGACACAGCAGAUUCGGAAGCAUCUCUCAAUGGCAGCGCUCGAGCUGCACCGGCAGUACAGCGGCCAUACCAGCACCAACAACAACAACAACAGCCACCAUCUCUACCCGUUGAGCAAGCCUCCAAACCCACCUUCUCCAUUACCGUGGGCGAUCCGCACACCGUUGGCAAUGCAGCCAACAGCCACACUGUCUACUCCGUCAUCACUCGUACCACCUCUAAAGCGUACAACACGCCUAGCUUUACCGUCACUCGUCGCUACCGAGACUUUCUUUGGCUGUAUGAACGAUUGCACGAUAACAGUCCGGGCGUUGUCGUGCCGCCUCCUCCGGAAAAGCAAGCGGUGGGAAGAUUCGAUCCGCAAUUUGUUGAGAGCAGGCGGAUGGCAUUGGAAAGAAUGCUCAACAAGAUUGCAGCGCAUCCCGUGUUGCAGCAUGACGGAGACCUUAAGACUUUCCUCGAAAGUGAAAGCUUCAAUGUGGACAUUAAGCACAGAGACCGCGGCAGGGAUCCUCUGCUGGCAUCAGAGCAGAAAGGUGGCUUCAUGAGCGGUCUCGGCAUGUCCGGCGGAGCAGGAGGCAAGUUCAUUGAACACGAUGACUGGUUCCAUGAUCGACGCAUUUAUCUGGACGCAUUGGAAACCCAGCUUAAAGCUCUGCAAAAGUCUACGGACGCCGUGGUCGGCCAGCGAAAAGGCCUGGCGGAAGCAUGCGGUGAUUUUUCAGUGUCAUUGCAUGGUCUUGCAGCUGUGGAGCUGUCUCCGUCACUAUCUGGACCGCUGGAUGCACUGGGCGAUCUCCAACUCCGUGUCCGUGAGUUAUACACGCGCCAGGCCAUGCAGGACAUGCUCACCCUUGGCAUCGUGAUCGACGAGUACAUUCGGCUCAUCGGCAGCAUCAAGAAGGCUUUCGAGCAGCGGCAGAAGUCAUUCCACUCUUGGCAUAGCGCAGAAGGGCGGCUGCAAGAUAUCAGGAAGCAACAAGAAAAGCUGCUGCGAGCAGGCCGAUCGCAGCAAGACCGGAUCCAGCAGAUGCAAGCUGAUGUUGCGGAGGCCGAGAGAAAGGUCCAUAGUCAACGGCUUCUGUUUGAGGACAUGGGACGCUUAAUGAGAGCAGAGUUGGAGAGAUUCGAAAGGGAGAAAGUUGAAGACUUCAAAAGUGGCGUGGAGACUUUCUUGGAGAGUGCGGUUGAGGCGCAGAAAGAGCUUAUUGAACUGUGGGAAACGUAUCUGUACCAGCUCGACAUGGACGAAGACGGACCGCCCGUUAUGCCUGCGGGCAUUCGUGCGAACCCAGAUCCGAACGCUGACGAGCACAUGCGCCAAGACGCUGCUAAGGCGCAGCUUGACGAUGAACAACCGACUGAGGCCACUGCGGCUGUUGGUGACGGCGAGCACGAUGAGAGUGCUGACGAGCCGAGACUGUCCGGCACGACGGCUAGAGAGAGUGAGGACGGAGGGGAAGUCGGCAUCGGCGACCAGCCUAGAGCGGCAGGUUUGCAUGGAGCGGAGGUAGAGGAGUAGGUUGUGAAGAUCAUGCUGUGUAUUUUCAUCUUAGCCGGCUUGUACAGAAGCAUUGGCGCUCGCUUUGUGCUUGACCCUGCCAUUCAGUAUAAGAGUCAAGCGAAGAUAUGGCUGCUCAAUUCCUC